AUGAGCACCCCGAUUUCAGAGACUCAAUCAGAUAAAGUGCCCUUAACACGACCUCGCCCAGGUGGAACGCCUAAUCUGAAGGCUAGGGUCAAACGGCAGGCUACCUCCAGUUACCUAGGCUCGGCGGCAGCAGGUUAUGAGAGCACCCCACGCAGGUUCCCCAGUGAUGGCGAUAUCAUUGAAGAUGGCAGCGACGAAAGGAUCCUUCUCAACGUGGGCGGUGUUCGACAUGAAACGCAUGUCUCCACUCUCAAGGCCCAUCCCCGGUCCAGGCUGUCCCGAUUGGCCGAGGUCCACUUGGAUAAUGGAGGCGGUAGACAAGAGUACUUCUUUGACAGGCACCCGGCGGUAUUCAAUUCCAUUAUCGAUUUCUACAGAACAG